AUGUAUAUCGCCGAACUUUCUAUCGAAGUGUCCCAGCGGGGGUCGAACAGCCCGGCUGUCGGAUGGCAGGUUGCGAUUCUGAUGAGCGGCAUUCCUCUUGCAUACUGGAUAGACUUGGGGUUCACUCAAAUGACCAACCAGGUGUCCUGGCGCUUUCCAAUCGGGUUGCAGUCCGGUUUCGCGUUCACUGCCCUCGCUGUGAUGUCCAUUCUACCUGACACACCCCGAUGGUACUAUGCUAAAGGCCGCGAUCAAGAAGGGGAUACGAUACUAUCUAAACUCCACGGGAGGCCGAUUGACGACGCCCGAGUACAAGCAAUGCGCGGUGAAAUUUUAGCAAGUAUCAAGCUUGAACGCGAAGCCGGAAAUGGAUUCAGAGUUUUGGACCUGAUUUGGGAUAAAUCUGAUCUCCAGGUUGGCCGGAGACUACGUACCGGAUUCAUCCUUUACUCGCUCGAUAAUCUGAUGGGUAUCAAUAUGAUGGUCUACUUCGCCACUACGAUCUUUUCGAACAUCGGCCUCUCACCUUUCCUGUCUCAAGUUCUUGCGGCAACAAUGAACAGUCUGUGGUCUGCUGUUGCCAUGGUCAUCUGCUUCAACUUCUUUUUCGGUUGGGGCUGGGUCGGUGUUCCAUGGCUCUAUCCGUCUGAGAUUUCCCUCUCCAAUAUCGUCAUAUAG